AAGAAAAUGGAGCACAACAUAUACACUGAUUCACGUAGAACCGCCUAGCCUCCACCUCUCUCUUUAUGUUUCUCUUUCUCCGUAUAUCUCUCUCUCUACUGGAAACCCUCCCUCACCCCACUCUCUCCACUUCUAUAGGCGACUCCCUGUCUCUCCACACACAGUCUCAUCACCUCGGUCUAAUUAGGAAUUUAUAGUACGAGUAACUCUGAAUAAGCAAUGCUGUGGAAUAAACAACAGUUGUUGAAUGCGAUUGACUUGAUCAAUCCCCAUUGCCGUGGACACGUUGUGAAUUGACGUUUUUAUCUUCAUAUGAUCGAUACACACACUUCUAUUUCCCGUGAAUGUCUGUUUCGCAGAGAUUUUUCGGCGCUUUAUCCAAUACACUUCAUUCUCGCUCGCCCUUUUCCUAUAGAAUCUCAAUCCCGUUUCGCUCUUUCUCUCCCACUCUCUCACGCUCAUCCUUCCCCCCGCUCACAAUGCCUCGCAAGCAGCGGCAGGGAGCCAGUAAAGAACACAGAUGGGUGGAGAAGUCAAAAGUCAAUGAGUUAUCUGCCUCAUUGUCAGCUUCGUCGUUGUCAGCCUCAGGGAGUUCCUCAAAUACUGGCAAGAAAGCUGCCACGGAUAUGGUUGCAGAAGAGCCUGUUAUGCCACUAGUAAUCCCGCAGUUUGGGAGCAUUGGGAGGGUAAUGGACCAUGUACCUGCUUGUUCACAAAAGUCUGCAUCGAAGCCCAAGGCAUAUGGAACCAUAAGUGGGUCCACAACAGUAGGACCGAGUUCAGCUCCAGCCGAUCAAAUGACAGUACCAGAUCAUGGAAACCAAACUGAAUCUUCUGGGGCACCUGCUGCCGUUUCUAGUAAGCUGUUUAGUGAAAAAUUACUGGAAAGCUUCACCACUGACAGCUUGACGUACUCACGAGCCCAAGUUAGAGCAACUUUUUACCCUAAAUUUGAAAAUGAGAAGUCUGAUCAAGAGGUUAGGACAAGGAUGAUAGAGAUGGUUUCCAAAGGUUUAGCUACUAUGGAGGUUUCACUCAAGCACUCUGGCUCACUUUUCAUGUAUGCCGGACACGAGGGAGGAGCAUAUGCCAAGAAUAGCUAUGGGAAUAUUUACACUGCAGUUGGUGUUUUUGUACUUGGACGCAUGUUUCGUGAAGCUUGGGGUUCACAAGCUAGCAAGAAGCAAGCCGAGUUCAAUGAGUUUCUUGAGAGGAAUCGUAUGUGUGUGUCAAUGGAGCUGGUAACUGCUGUAUUAGGAGACCAUGGGCAACGUCCCCACGAAGAUUAUGUGGUUGUGACUGCAGUUACGGAGUUGGGUAAUGGAAAACCAAAAUUCUACUCUACCCCUGCUCUUAUAGCUUUCUGUAGGAACUGGCGUCUACCUACAAAUCAUGUGUGGUUAUUCUCAACAAGGAAAUCUGUAAUGUCAUUUUUUGCGGCUUAUGAUGCCCUCAGUGAGGAAGGAACUGCCACGACUGUAUGCAAAACACUUGAUGAAGUUGCUGAUAUAUCAAUACCUGGAUCAAAAGAUCAUAUAAUGGUGCAGGGUGAGAUCUUGGAAGGUCUAGUGGCUCGGAUAGUAAGCCAGGGUAGCUCAGAACAUAUGAAGCAGGUUUUGAGAGACCAUCCUCCACCACCAAUAGAAGGAGGUGACCUAGGAUCCAGCCUGCGUGAAAUAUGUGCUGCGAACAGAACCAAUGAAAAGCAGCAAAUAAUGGCGCUUCUUAAGAGUGUUGGUACAUCUUUCUGCCCAAACUAUAUGGACUGGUUUGGAACUGAUGCUUCCGAUAGUCAAUCAAGAAAUGCAGAUCGAUCUGUGCUGUCAAAGUUUCUGCAAACCCGUCCAGCAGAUUUUUCUACUACCAAAUUACAGGAAAUUGUUCGUCUGAUGAGAGAAAAACGCUACCCUGCCGCCUUUAAGUUUUACCAUAACUUUCAUAAAGCAGAUUCAACCACAAAGGACAGUCUUCAUUUUAAGAUGGUUAUCCAUGUCCAUAGUGAUUCAGCUUUCAGAAAGUACCAGAAAGAGAUGAGGAUCAAUCCUGGUUUGUGGCCAUUAUAUCGAGGUUUUUUUGUCGACCUGAACUUAUUCAAGGUUAAUGAGGGAAGAUCCGUAGAGUUCCCCAAAAAAGCUAGUUCCGGGAGUGAAUUAAAUGGCGAAUCAGCAAAAGAUGAUUUAGCAGAUGAAGAUGCAAACCUGAUGAUCAAGUUGAAGUUCCUUACAUAUAAGAUACGGACCUUUUUAAUUCGGAAUGGCUUGUCUGUUCUCUUUAAGCAAGGUGAAACUGCGUACAAAACCUACUACAUGAGGCAAAUGAAGAUAUGGAAUACUUCACCUGCAAAGCAAAGGCAGCUCAGCAAGAUGCUGGAUGAAUGGGCUGUGUAUAUUCGCAGAAAAUGUGGACACAAACAACUGCCCUCAUCCACAUAUCUUAGUGAAGCAGAGCCAUUCCUUGAGCAAUAUGCAAAGCGCAGUUCCGAAAAUCAAGCUUUAAUUGGUUCUGCUGGUAGUUUUGUUAGAGUUGAAGAUUUCAUGGCCAUGACUGGGGGAGGUCAAGAUGAGGAGGGUGACCUUGAACCAGAGCGAGAUAUGACACCUUCAAGUCCAUCUCCCAUGGUUAAGGAAACCGUUGCUAAGGAUCAUGGACUUAUUGUUUUCUUUCCAGGAAUCCCUGGUUGUGCUAAAUCGGCACUCUGUAAAGAAAUAAUGAGUUCUCCUGGAAGGCUUGGUGAUGAUCGUCCAGUUAAAAGUUUGAUGGGUGAUCUUAUCAAAGCGAGAUACUGGGUGAAGGUUGAUCAAGAGUACCGCAAGAAACCAUACUCUAUUAUGCUUGCUGACAAAAAUGCUCCCAAUGAAGAAGUUUGGAGAAAGAUUGAGGACAUGUGUCGCAGCACAGGGGCAUCUGGUGUUCCAGUCAUACCCGACUCAGAAGGGACUGAAUCAAAUCCGUUCUCGCUUGAUGCUCUUGCUGUUUUUAUAUUUCGAGUGCUUCACCGUGCUAAUCAUCCGGGAAAUCUUGACAAUUCAUCUCCAAAUGUUGGUUAUGUGCUGUUGAUGUUCUACAAUCUCUAUGAGGGCAAGGAUCGUAAGGAGUUUGAAACAGAGCUAAUAGAACGCUUUGGCUCUAUUGUGAAGAUGCCUUUAUUGGAACCCAAAAGACCUCCUCUACCCGAAAGUGUGAGAUCUAUCUUGGAGGAAGGAUUAAGUUUAUAUAAGCUUCAUUGCCGACAACAUGGAAAAUUGGAAUCCACAAAAGGCCAAUAUGCAAAGGAGUGGACCAAAUGGGAGAAGCAGUUACGUGAUACUUUGUCCACAAAUGCUGAUUAUCUCAAUUCUAUUCAGGUCCCAUUUGGCGUCGCUGUUGAAAAAGUUAUCGAGCAGCUUCAAGCAAUCGCGAAGGCAGAUUAUAGCCCACCUAGUACUGAAAAACGGAACCUUGGCGCCAUUGUCUUUGCUGCUGUCACUCUUCCUAUUUCAGAAAUCAUCGAUCUCAUUCAUAACUUACGUAUGAAGGAUCCGAGAGUCGAAGGUUUCCUCAAGGACAAGGAUUUGAAGAGCAGCCUCAAAAACGCCCAUUUAACUCUGGCUCAUAAGAGAAGCCAUGGUGUAACUGCUUUAGCCAGUUUUGCCCCGCAUCUCAACCAAAACGUUCCUGUUGCUGUCAGCUCAUUACUAUUCAGCGACACGUUGGCAGCAUUGGAAGCUGAUCCUGGAGUAGUUGAUGGAGAGAAAAUAGAUUCGAAAAACGAAUGGCCACAUGUGACUUUAUGGACUGCUGAAGGUGUUAAGGCAAAAGAAGCGAAUGCGUUGCCUCAGUUGCUUGCACAAGGAAAGGCAACUCGUGUCGAGAUCAAUCCACCCACCACCAUAACGGGAGUUCUCCAGUUCUUCUGAGUCUUCUGUGACUCUUAAUCAAUUUUGUUCAAGUUGAGAUUAUCUUUUUGCUGCAUGGAUGCUCAAUUAGGAUACUCAUGAGUCGUGAUGAAUGUAAAGAAACUGAUUAUCCUAUUUAGAUGUAAAUUUUUAUGAGAAACAAAAAUUUGAUCCUCUGUAAACUCUAACAUCAUCAUCCACGAAUGCCAAGAUUAGCUUGAAAGCUUGAAUUCAA